AUGCCCCCUGCAGUCGACUUCCUCCGCCCGCUCGUCAUCUCUGGCCCCUCCGGAGUCGGCAAGAGCACCCUCCUCAAGCUCCUCUUUGCCGACCAUCCCAAUAAAUUUGGCUUCAGCGUCUCCCACACUACGCGCGCCCCCCGCACAGGCGAGGUCGACGGCAAGGACUACUACUUCGUUUCAAAGGACAAGUUCAAGGAGCUGAUCGCCCAGGGCGCCUUCAUCGAGCACGCCCAGUUCUCCGACAACUUCUACGGCACGAGCUACAUGACCGUACAUGAGAUCGAGAAGUCCGGCAGGAGGUGUCUCCUCGAUAUCGAGGCCCAGGGCGUCCGCCAAAUAAAGGGCACAAGUUUGAACCCCGUCUACCUUUUCGUAUCCCCGCCCUCCCUGACCGCGCUGCGCACGCGUCUCAAGGGUCGCGCUACGGAGGACGAGGCGGCAGUUGCCAAGCGACUCGCUGCCGCCCUCAGGGAGAUCGAGUAUGCCAAAGAGGGCGCGCACGAUUUCGUGAUCGUCAAUGACGAUCUGCCCAGGGCGUAUGAAAAGUUCCAGCGGGUUGCCCUUGGAGAGCCCAUCGAAAGCGAUCCUCUGCCUCCCCUCGACGAUUAG